AUGCUUCCAUCGAGGAGAAGUGGUGCCGGUGACAGCGGCAGCGUUGUUGAACCGCCGCUACCACAGGCUGCCGGCUAUGUAAUUGUUAUUGUGAUUGGCUUCUUAAUUGCCGUGAUCAUGAUGGCGAUAACACGUGUACUCAGGAGAACCGCCGGCGAGGACAACAAUAAAACAGAAAUGUUCAUGACGGCGAAUCGAAGAGUUGGUACAGGACUAACAGCAUCAGCCGUGAUUUCUUCGUGGCUUUGGAGUACUGCCAUGCUCGGAAGCACUCUCGUGGGCUACAACUUUGGCAUUGCCGGGCCGUUUUGGUUUGCUGCAGGCUGCUCCCCAAUGAUUGUCUUCUUCGCCUUGCUCGGCAUCGCUUGCAAGCUCCGUGUCCCAGAAGCCCAUACUUUGUUGGAGAUUGUCCGAAUCAGAUACGGCACGCUGGGCCAUGUAGUUUGGAUUGUGCUGUGCUUGAUCAACAACGUCAUUGCCGUGGCAAACAUGCUCCUCGGCGCCAGUGCUGCGAUUUCCGCGCUCACCGGAAUGCAUAUUAUUGCUUCGACGUUUCUGCUGCCUGUCGGGGUCGUCUUGUACACGUUUGUCGGGGGCAUCAAGGCAACCUUUUUAACCGACUACUUUCACACAUUUGUCAUUACAGUCAUUGUUUGCUUCUUCACAAUCAAGAUAUUCCUGGUUCCCGAAAUCGGGAACCCACAAGAUCUGUUUGAUAUCAUUGCCAGAGUUGGCCAGAUCCACCCUGUUGACGGCAAUCGAGAUGGGUCUUAUCUUACCAUGACAAGCAAAGGGGUCAGUUUACUCGAAGCUGAGGAAAUUAGUGUACGAACUGGAGUGCGGCUAACUUGGGGGAUCCGACAGGCUAUUCUCUUCGGUAUAAUUCACAUUCUGUCAAACUUCGGGCUGGUCAUCAUGGACACGGGCUUUUUUGCAAAGGCGUUCAGUGCUGCGCCGCACGCCGUGGUCCCUGGAUACAUCGUCGGUGGCAUAGCAUACUUUGCAAUCCCGUGGUGCCUUGGAACUGUUAUGAGCUUGGCGGCGUUGGGCUUGGAGAGUACAGAGCGCUUUCCCACGUUCCCUCGGCGAUUGUCACCGACAGAAGUUUCGAACGGUCUGGUUCUUCCGUACGCCUCCGUCGCGAUUGCCGGCAAAGGAGGCGCCGUUGCGGUGGUGUUGAUCGUUUUCAUGGCCGUCACGUCAACCAUCAGUGCCCAGGUCAUCUCGGUCUCCUCAAUCAUCAGUUUCGACAUAUAUCGGCAAUACUUGAACAAAGCUGCCAAAGACAAAGAUGCCAUCCGAUGGAGUCACAUUGGCGUUGUCGCAUUCGGUAUCUUCUCUGCGGCCUUCUCAACAGCACUGCAUUAUGGCAAUGUCGAUCUUGGCUGGACUCUAUACAUGCUCGGCGUGCUGACCUGCCCCGGAAUCAUCCCAACCGUCUUCACAAUUCUUUGGAAACGGCAAUCAAAACUAGCCGCAGUAAGUUCGCCAAUAUUAGGAAUGGCAACCGGCGUCGGCGUGUGGCUAGGCUCCGCGUCUGCCCUCUACGGAGAAAUCAGCGUGGCCACGACAGGGCAGACGCUGCCUUGCGUCUACGGGACCGUUGCCUCUGCCUUGAGUCCGGCAUUGUACUCCAUCUCUCUUACGAUUUUGCGGCCAGAAAAUUUUGAUUGGGCCGCUUUCCGCAACGAAAGUUUGGCCUUCAACACCUCUUCGACGAGCCUAGCCGACGUUUCAGAGUCAGACAAGAAUGAACAGAAGUCACACGAAGAAAAUAUCCAGAGCUAUUCUGCCGACAAGGCCAGGCUCAAACGGUGGGGAACCAUUGCUGCAGUCUGGGCCUUGGCCACAUUUCUAGGACACUGGGUUCUUUGGCCUUUGCCCAUGUAUGCCGCAAACUACGUCUUCAGUCGGUCUUUUUUUGUAGCGUGGAUAGUUGUGUCCAUCAUUUGGGCUUGGGGCACCAUGCUCGUCGCUGGUUUCUUUCCCAUUAUUGAUGGCUGGGGCCAACUGAACCAAGUCUGUCGUGGCCUCCGCCAGGGCCGGAGGCGUUAA